AUGGAAUACGCCUCGAGGAAGUUGGUUUUCGUUGUUGCUCUCCUGAUUUUCGCUGCCGGUAUUACGAACAUUGGAGCAGAAGAAGGCACCGGCGGCAACAACGACGUCGUCGAAAUCGAGGUGCCGACAUGCAAGCUUACAUGCCUACAUCCGUGUCAUUGUCAAAACGAACGCUGCGUUUGCAACGGCGGCCCGCUGCCGCGUCGGGCAGGUUCCCGAUCGUCAUUUGUCGCCGCCGAUCAGCACCUCGUCUGA